AAAGGAGGGGGGGAGUGAGGUAGAGAAGAUCUUUUUAUAUGUGUUUUUAUACAAGGCGGGAAUAUAAAAAAUAAUAUAAACAUAUACGAAUUAUUUGUGUGAUUCAAACUUUGCCUUUUUCCCCCUUUUUUCUCUCUUCUAAAAGAAUCUUUAACAACAAAAAAAUUCUUUUCCCUUUUUUUUUCCUUCCCUUUAUUUCAUUCUUUUUUAUUUGUCUUUUUUUAAAAUGUCAUUUAUGCGAGCAGCACAGGCCAUUAGAACGACAGGAGCCAAUCUUGUCGGACUGUGGCGUCCGAGCUUUGUCAAAGUCGAUGACCGAUUUUAUGUGUUUGGAGGUGGCGGACAUACCGUGACAAAUGACUUACACUUACUUGAUUUGACAAACAUGAAGUGGGAGAAAGUUCAAAAUGUGAAAGGCAUUCCACCAUGUAAAAGAUAUGGUCAUACAGCUACCUUGUGGAAUCAUUGUAUUGUUAUAUUUGGUGGAUGUAAUGAAUCCCAAGAGUAUUGUAAUGACGUUCAUAUAUUUGAUAUAGAAACAUCAACAUGGAUUCAACCAGAGUUGAAGGACGUAGUACCUGCCAGAUAUUUACACAGUGCAGUUGUGUAUGGCAAUAAGUUAUUUAUUUAUGGUGGAUUUGCAAAGAACCCAGAGUGUACAUAUGUUUUAGAUGAAUUGAGUGUAUUAGAUUUAACAACCUUUAUGUGGACAAGAUACCAUGGUAUACCCCCUCGCUACAACCACUCAGCUACUUUAAUUGGACAUAAAAUGUAUAUUUAUGCUGGUAAAGAUGAACAGGGCAACACAGUCUCGGAUCUGUUUGUUCUCAACCUCAAUAUACCUCCUUAUACCCCUCACCUUGUCCUCAGUGGAUCACGCCAGAUGGUUUUAUUAAAAAGUCAACACUUUUGUGAAGCUGUCUGUGGCAAACUAGUUGUCUUUGGAAAAUACUUAACUGAUUAUUCAAAGCAUGAAAAUAAUGUCUAUGGUUUAUGGAUGCUUGAUCUAGAUACACUCGAAUGGCAUAGACAAGACUGUAACUCUUUGUUCGAUACUGGUGGUUGGAAUUACUUUACGAUCAUCACCAGUACUACCCCAGAUCAUGUCAGAAUCAAUAAAUUGUUCUUUCUAGGCAAUACAGAUCAACAUCGCCCUCAGGGUUAUGACCAUUUUAGAGAUGCAUUGGUCAUUCAUAGCGAGUUUCUGGGAUUAUAUGAUAUACCUCAGGUUCAGUUCUCUUUGGAAUUUUCAAAAUUGUUAAACAACCCAGAGCUAUCCGACUUCAUCAUCGUUCCAUCCAACGGUCAAGAGCUGUAUGUUCAUCAAGUCAUCCUUAUCACGCGCUGGCCGCAUUUCAGAAACAUGUACACAUCAGGCAUGCUUGAAUCGCAACAAAAGCGAAUGGAAAUACCCGAGAGCUACGAGGUCGUCUUGGCCUUUCUCAAAUAUUUGUACAAUGAUACAUUGGACAUGAACGAACCUUGCUCUGUUGUCUGCGACUUGCUUGUCCUAGCCAAUAUGUAUCUCCUACACCGACUUAAAAAGAUCUGCUGUGUUGUGCUCUAUCGUCAUCAUUUGACAAUUCAAAACUGCGGUUUGAUCUUUGAGAAAUCCAUUAUGGCAGAAGAGACAGGGCUCAAAUUGCUCGUGUUGGAUUUUAUGUUUAAACAUUAUGGUGCCGUUCUCAAGUCAAAUGUUCUCUUACAGAUGCCACCCUUUGCUCGACAAGAAUUUUUGGAAGCAGUGCCAGAUGAGGCCAUAUUAGAGGUCAACCAUCGAUUUAUUACGACGCGUUCGAUACCAAGAUCUAUCACUUCUACACUUCAGUUAUCUGCAAAUAGACACAAUAUAAAAUUUAAUAGUAGUACUGAUAUCAGUACUAUUGCUUCCACCGGUACUAUUAUUAGUAGAAAUAUCAGCAAUCACAACAACAGCAACAAUAGUAGUAGCAGCAGUAGUAGCAGUACCGCCACCACCACCAACAGUAGCAGCAAUAGUAAUAAUAAUAGUAAUAGCAAUAAUGACAGUAGAAUAUUUCAAAGAGAAUCAAUAAGUAGGCUUUUACGUAGUCAUGACAGUGAAGAAACAUUGGUAUCUUAAUUCAAUAAAUAGAAGUGGCUGCCAUUUUUUUUUUAAAAAACAGUUUUUAUUAUCACACGUCUUUCUACCAAGCAGCUUCAUUAGAAUUUAAUAAGAGUGUAAAAGA